UAUCGGGCGAGUUCUCGUUGCGAAGGAAUCGUGGAAAAACGCGACAUUCAUUGUUCACCUGACUUUUCAAUUUCAUUGUACCAGUGAUUGAAGAUCAAGAAAAGUGGCAUUCUGUCUCGACGACAUUUCAGGAAAACGUCGUUGAUAAUUAACAGUAGAACUUCAACCUAGGCGCAUUAACGUCACACGAUUAAGAAGCCACGACACCAAUGACAAUGCUAGGCUCAGAACAACGCCAGUGAAAGAUGGUGGACAAAGAAGAGCUGAGAAUAACGAAGGCGAAGGCCCCACCACCACCGCUGAAUCUCAGUGAGGCGAUCGAGGAUGAAGUGCUGAACCAAAAGACUGCUAGAAUUCUUAAGAAUGAUCUCCUUCUACACGAGGCUGUGAUAAAGAACGAAGCGGACACUGUUCGUAAAGUACUUAAGGAGACUGUCGACGUAGAUUCCAGAAAUAACUAUGGUCGCGCUCCGAUUCAUUGGGCAGCAUCUAGAGGAAACACAGAAAUUAUUGAAAUGUUAAUACAAGCCAAGUGCGAUAUUGAAGCGAGAGACAAGUAUGGAAUGCGACCCUUGCAUAUGGCCGCCCAGCACGGUCACCGAGAUGCAGUGAAGAUGCUGAUCAAUGCCGGAGCAAAUGUAUCCGCGAUUAACAAGAAACAACACACCCUUUUAAUGUGCGGCGCUCGUGGUAGCAACGUCGCCGUAGUGGAAUACUUGGCGGAUGCAGUGGAAUCGUUAAACGGUGAGGCAACUGACUCCACUGGGGCGACUGCUCUUCAUCAUGCAGCCAUCACCGGACAUCCGGCGGUAAUCACAGCGCUUGCCAACAUCCCGCGGAUCGUGUUAGACACCACGGACAAGAAAGGACAAACACCGCUGCACUGUGCCUGCGCCAAAGAGCACUUGGACGCGGUUGAGGUCCUUAUAGGAUUAGGGGCGAAUGUAGAUGCCCACGAUAACGAUGGCAAUACCCCACUUCACGUAGCUACUAGAACGAGGCACACAGGAAUCGCGCAAUUAUUAUUAAAGGCCGGAGCGAACACCGAGCUAAUUGACGCGGAGGGUUUUACUCCCCUUCAUGUCGCCGCAAGUCAAGGAUGCAAAGGAAUACUCGACUCCAUGAUACAGCACGGGGCCGAUCUUAACAAGCAGUGUAAGAACGGCAAUACACCUUUACAUCUGGCCUGCCAAAACAACGAAGUAGAAACGGUAGAGAUAUUAAUUAACAAAGGCGUCGACCUCAAUUGUUUGAAUCUGAGGCUUCAAUCAUCCAUACAUAUCGCGGCUGAGAUGGGACAUACGGAUAUUUGCGAAUUACUUCUUGCGGCAGGCGCAAAUAUUGAGCAGAAAGAACAGAGCGGCCGAACACCACUUUACAUUGCGGCAAGGGGCAGUUUCACAGCCAUCGUCGACAUGAUCAUUAAGACCGCUAGAUUAGAUUAUCCGACCCCGGUUCGAGAAUUGACUCCGGCACGAAGAUGGUGGAGGGAAGGAUCGCGUGGUGGCAGCAUCUCUAGCAAUAAUGGUCGCCUCUCGGAACAAAUCCGAUCCAUUCUUUGGAAGUUGGCCUACAAGCAACUUGCCCCUGAAGAUUGGAAGAAAUUAGCUGUUCACUGGGCUUUCACCCCUGAACAGAUCAGAGCUAUCGAACAUCAGUAUACGGUGCGUCUAGAGCAGCCUUAUGAAAAGGACGAUAAAGCUCCAAUUAUAGGUCCCGCGAGUUUCAAGGAGCACGGAUUUCGAAUGUUAAUGAUCUGGGCCUCCGGAUUAAAUCCAGACGUGCCACUGAUAAAAGAGCUCUGUGAAGCUUUAUCAGCGGUGGACAAGAAAACAAUUGCUGAUUCCAUUCGUAAACAAAUGGAGCAGGGAGAUGAUGGUAAGGUAAAAUCGAAAGGGCAACGAUGUCAUAAAUGCUCCAUUGCGUGAAUAUCUACAAGUGCCAAGUUCACACGCAAAUUCUACACACAUAUGAGAACGUAAUCUAAACGAAAAUUAUAAUUUACGACGUAAGACGUAAUAGUUAUUGUCGAAAGCUUACCUGCAUUUUAAUGAGAAGAGUUCAACGAACUUGGCAAAUGCCAUUAACGAAGGAUUUACGAAAAAACAAAAAAAAUACGUACAAUGUUGUAUAAAUACCUUUUGUACCAACAAUUCGCAAUGUUACGCAAAUUCUUAGGACACGAAUUACGAGUACAAUUUACGGUGCAGGUAUAGCUAUCACUAUCAUUUUGAAAGAACAAGAAUUUCUUAAUAAAAUCAGAAAAAUUGAUUGAAGGUUGUAAGUACAUACAGUAGCUUCACUCACCGUAGAAUAAAAAUUCUAUGAACCCGCUAUAUCAUCGCUGGGUUAAAUAAUAUCAUUUACCAAAUUAAAGACGAUAGUGUAAGAGGAAUAUCAUUUACACAACGCGACGACAGUGAAGAAGAGAAACUCCGUUAUUCAUAGAAACAAAAGUACAGUUAGUACACAGAAGCCAUCGAAAAAAGCGAUACAAUUGUAAAAUCAAAGUAACAAUCGAACGUAGACUCUUCGGAAUAAUAUUAAUAACGCAUAGAUUAAGUGUGAGAGUAAAUUUUGCAAGGCUUUCGAUGUGAUAACAGUUUAUUAGAUUAGAUCUCGAAUAAAGAAUAUAAUAUAAAAUCGAUAAAUAGAUAUGCGAUUAUCGCACGAUUCUCGAAAGAGACAAUCUACAUAUCUGAAACUUACAAAUUUAGACUCUUAACU